AUGUAUACGCGAAUUCGCGAGAAGAAUUAUGGCACACAGCUUGGCUUUGGUGCCGCUGAAGUAGCGGUGAAGGCAGUGGUCGUGACUUCACAUAUGACAUACUCUAUUCUGCCUAAGUUUAGUCUUGCGGGAAAACUGAAAGAAGGUUUUGAACAGAAAGGUACGUAAGCUCAUGAAAACUUUGCAGUUGAACUAACAAAUAACUAUCAAAUGGUAACAUUUCCAUUUUCUUUGAAAGUUACAAGAAAGGAAUCCUUUUAAAACUAUCUGAAAUAUAAAGAUAAGUUUACGACUGAUAGUUUUCUUGAGAUUUUUUUUAGGAGAAUAAACUGUGAUUUUGUCAGAAAUAUUUAACUUCUAGAUCAGGUCAAUCUCUUGAGAAUUUUCAUUCAAAGAAUCUCACGCAUACCGCACCCUGAACUUCGCGACCCUGCUCGAUCGCUGAGAUCACUCAGCCGAGUUUAUCGGCCUUGUACGUUUGAAAAGUCCACAUCUAAUUUGUUAAGUUAGCUCGAUCUUGGAAUAAAAUGAAAAUAAAGGGAAAAAAUAAAAUCACGGCUCUUUAACUUAUUCUCACUUUACGUGCUUGGACCUAAGUGGAUUUUAGAAUUGAAAAGAGUGAAUUAUUUUUAAUGAUUUGUUCGCCAGCUUCCCAAGUCGACACCAUGGCUUGUAAUGGACUAGAAUUCUUGCAAAACAAAUGGCUCGUUGCAAAAGGCCAAACCAACAAGGUAAGUGAAAAAUUGAAGAAGCAUACCGCUGCCCUUAGCUUUAUUCCUUGAGUUUUGAUCAGUUGCUGCCUCUUAAAGAUCCCAUUAUAGCGAUUAAUUUUCCUCUGACCUUAAACAAAAGUUUCCCUAGGUGUUCGUUAUAUUUAACACUUGAACUAGUAGUUAAAAAGACCAAAACGUGGACUCGUUGUUGCCACCAAAGUAAACGCAGAGAUGGAACUGAAAAGCAUCGUUUAAUUAUCCUCUCGGCACUGAGUAAAGUUUCUGUUGCCCCAAGUCAGAGAUAUGUCCAGAAGUCUUGAUUCUCGUUAGAUUUGUUAUUUUUGCGAUUUUUGCGAUAUUUGUCACGGGUGUUUUUAGCUAGCAAAAAAAAAUCCUUGUUACUUUUGCGAUUUUUGCGAUAUUUGCGAACAUUUCGGGGCCCUUCUUGGCUUCUUCAGUUUCCAAGUCUUGAUUCUUGUUAGAUUUGUUAUUUUUGCGAUUUUUGCGAUAUUUGUUAGUGAUUUUCUGACAUAAUUUUUUCUCAAUUAUUUCUUUUGCGACAAUUGCGAAAGCAAUUUGCUAGCAAAUUUUUGCUAACAAGAUCGAUCCUGGACAUAAGUGCCAAGUCAUGGAAAAUUACUUUUCACUAAUUUUUUAUCCAAGGUCUAGGACAAACAUCGAACUUUUCAUGAGACGAACCAAACUCUAAUGUGGGUCGACCUAAAUUAACUUAAGAUCGUCUGCUGGGUCAGACGUCGAACUUAUAGCCUGCGUAGCAAGCGUUUCCUCGCGAGGUUCGUCUAGAAAACUGGGACAAGAGCAAAAAAAAAUGAAUGACGGGGGAGGGGGAGGGGAACUAACUUUCGCGCAAUAACUCGAUUGGAAACGCUUGCUACGCAGGCUAUCGAACUUAGGACGCGUCCAACCAAUCAACUGAAUCAAACCAAAAAGAAAUUCUAGUCGGCCAGUACAAGUAAUAAAUUUUCUCCCGAACGAGGCUAAGUAUACAUUAUCAAAAAAUUUUUUAAUCUAUUAGUUUAGUUCGUCCGUGCGAAGAUCGACGCUUGUCUCGGAGGCGAUCUAGAGACGACCUAUCCGUCGGAAGCAGACGAUGCAACGUGCUCAACCUCAUUCAGACGAAGGAUUCAAACAGACAAACUUAACUGAGCCAGAAGUCGAACUUUUCAUGAACUUGACUCGCGUAGUGUGGUUCAUCUCAUGAAAAGUUCGACGUUUGAUCUAGGCCUAAGAAUGCACUGCAGGCCUGUUUCCUAUAGAGCGUUUUCACUCACGUGGUCGAUCAGCAUCAGUGUAUGCAAAUUGCAUAAGAAAAGAGUUCAACUCCCGCGGGACUGGUGUUGGACACCAACAUCGCCGCCGUUUUAUUGUUUUGGGACACCAAUAUGGCCGCCGUGACGUCAUGUGAAAACACUCUAUACCAACCAAAAGACACACGCAUUUGAGUCUGCUCUGGCUGAACCAAUCAGAUUCUUAUGUCGGCUUCAAAAGGUGCUCCAAGGGUGGUAAUUGUAAUGAUAAUAUAAAACAAGGAAAAGAAAGGACUCUUUCUCCGGUCCAAAACAACCGUUCGUAAUAACAGGGUGGUCGGGCGGUAUGGCGGGGAUCCACUGUUAUAAACAUCUUGAAAAAUAAACGUGUAGUCCAGGAGUAGUCAAAAAGACGAUGGGGUGAAUUUCUUUAAACUCGAAGUGUUUCUCAAAGAAACUUUGCAGAUAUUUUGUUUAUUUAGGUCAAGUUGAAAGUUGAUCUCGUACCCAGAGUCCGCAAGCUUUUCGGUCAGCAGGACCACACCAGGCACCUGUAGUCGCAUGAGUACUGGGUACGAGGAAUAGCAAGAGCAAUGUUUGUUCUACGGUAAAAACUGUUAGUUCUUUACUCUUUAGCCUCCCACGAAGACGUUCUCAGGGCUUCGUCGCUCGUGUGAGGCUAUUCACUCUUUUGACGAAGCAUAGAACAUUAUGACAUCUCUGCUCUAGCUCACUUAGACAGCUUGCAGUCCGUCCAGUUCUUAUCCCAGCCAGCGCGAUUGCAAACAACAACGUUACAAUAAGGGAUCUAAUACAACGAGACGAGAAAAGAUUUAUUAUUUCAUGAUUUUAUUAUCCUUAUUUUUUCUCGUUUAUCGCGAGUGGAAUAAUUUUUCAAAGAAACAUAAGAGACUGCUUGUGGUCUGUAGCUCAUUGAAAGCCUGCUUCUUCUAAUAAUCUUCCCUUCGCCGUAUCAAAGUUAGGUAAGAGAAUAUAAAAAGGACUUUCAUCCUUCCUCGACAGGCCUUGGAGAAUUGUAUCAGCAUAUUUUAAUUCCUAUUUAUAAAGGUCAUCAAGCACUUUUUCACCUUCAAUCAUGCACAAACUUUUCCAGGUCAUAGCUCUCGGAGUAGAGAAACUUGAGCAGUCUGAUGUAGCAGAGGUUCUGAUCACGGUCACUGAAGCUGCUGUUGAUUACUUCAAACCACCAGAAGAGAACGCGAAAGACCAAGAGAAACCUGGCCUCCCUGUGGUACAAACUAAGGUGGAUCGAAUACGUGCAGUCAGUUACACCAUCGGAGACCAAGGAACAAAGGUAAAAAAUGGUAUCAAGUCAAAUAAUCGACAAAUUUAACUAUAUUUAGUAGAGGAGACUGGUUAUGAAAGCCGGCAAACAUCAAAGAUGAAACCAACGGUGCUGCAGUUUAUGUUGGAAGCUCCUUGACCGUGCAAAAUUCUCCGUUUUUUGUUCACAAAUUGUGACUGAAAAUUAAUGCGAUGUUUCUAUUGGUCAAUAAGUUCAAAAUGAUAACAAAAACAUAUAUGACAAAGAAGUCUGUUGAGCUUCAGAACCAACCAGUGUCGGAUCUCGAACUUAAGAUAAGCGGGGGGAGCGUUCAUCCAGGCCCUUAGAUAAGGCGGGACCCCGGUCUCAAAAAAUUUUUUUUCCCGCCCUUCGGGCCUCAGGUUGCCCUAAAAAAAGGGUGGCGCGGCCCCUCAGGCCUCUCCCCUGGAUCUGCCACUGUUAAUUAUGAUUUAAGCGAACAAGACCAUACACAGCCUCGAUCAUUCUCGGAUUUUUCUUCCCUCUCCUCCAACUUUAAUUUACAAAGGGAAAAAAUUAGAAGUAAGAGCCUGGGUAAAGAUGGUUGAUCCUGAUAUACUCUAUUACCCUGAAAUUCUGUUUUCUUGCUCCGGUGAAAACACGUCGAACAAAAACAUUUCUGACACAGAGCGAUUUAAUUCUUAGAGCUCGCAUAUUUCCUUUAAGGUGAUCUUACGCGAGAUUAUUCGCAACGACGACACAGCUUUGCAACAUUGUUGGGACAUUGUUUCGAAUGUUUACAACAUUGUGCCAACAUCGCAGCGCUGUGUUGUGCUAAAAAUCGUCGUUGCGAAUCGUCCUGUGUAACAUCACCCGGCUUUAAAUCUCUCGAAUAUCACGUCAGUGAUCCAUAACCCCGGCCAGUCAAAACACAAGCUGGGGGCAGUAGCUUGCUGUACAAACCUGAAAUUCCUGUAUGGCGGGUGAAAUAAUACAGUCCAAACAUAUGACCGCUCCCCAACCCAGAGGGGGAAAAAAAUCGGGCAAACAUGGCAAACGGAAUUCUUUCCACAAACUCUACAUGACUCAUACAUCAGUUAAAGUUGAUCCUUGCUCCCAGUGAUUACCUAUCCAAAAGAUAAGAGAUUGCAAGCUGUCUUGGCUGAAUUUUGUUUCUCUCUCCCCAGGUCCUGUCUUUAGCAGCCUCAGCCGGACUUGGACGCGCAAGAGCAGCCGCUCAAUGGACCUGGAACAUCACGCAACACCUGCUUCAAAAGAUACCGGUGAAAGCAAAACACGGUUUUUAAACGACAACCUCUGUUUACUCGAAGUUCAAAAUGGUAGCAGUACGGCCUUACAGACCCCAUUUUCGGUGCAUUUUGCCCCUGGGGGCCCGGGGCAUUUUGUACACGGAGCUGACAGUUUAACGCUUGUACUAAGCAACUGUCCUUCUUCUCCCUCCCUCUUUUCGUUCGUUUUGGCCUUAAGGGUCAUACCUUCGUUCUCACAGUAAUAGUUGCUAUUUUCCCAGUAGAUUCAUUAUUGUCACUAUUUACUUGGCGCUGCCCGCAAAAGACAAUGGCCGAGUAUUUUGGACUUCGAGCUAACCUCUUAAACUUAUUGAUAACUGCAAAAGACAACGGUUAAAAGGGAUCGUGACGUGUUUGGAUAUAUAUGUACAUAUACAUUUCAUGAUGUCGGAUUACCUCUUAUCAAGAACUAUUCAGUUUUCGCGUAAAGAAAAUCCAAUUUAACGGUUUUCAUUGACCAUGCGGCUUAACUUUUGCAACUUUCCUGCGUAAAACCAAUUAUUUGAAAUGAAUAUUAACGAAAGCUUUUUCUAAAAAAUUUAGGUUGUUAAUGGGAUGUUUACAGCUUUUCUGGACCCCACACAUAGCGGCGAGUUUCUUUUUUUACCGCCUGUUCAUGGUGAAGGAGAAAGGAGGGUAUGUCAAUACCUUUGCGUCACAUUAAACGAAGAAACGAUAAUUCAAAUCUGAACGGGUAUUCUCUUUCUUUAAAGAGACUAUGACGAAGUAUUUUGCAAUCUUUUUAAAAAGCUAACACGUGUUUUAACAUCAAUUAAAUUCCAAGAACCUUCGUCCAGUUUUGUUAUUGGAGACUAUAGAGACCUUAAGAUUGAGGUGUUUUUGGGCAUUUGCCGCGAACUGCGAACGUCAAGAAGUCACGUGACCAGGGUCUUGCCGUCGGGUUUCAGGUUUGAGGUUCACGUUCACGGUACGGCUGGGCCACGCUUUCGAGGUAAGUGAUUUACCGCAGAGUUUUUUGCAUCUUUAAGCAUCACAAUCCAACGUUUGAGAAGAAAUACGACUAUUUACAACUCUUUUGCUUAUUAAUUAUCAAAUUCUACUUCAAAAAAAACGUAACUUGGAACACAAUUUCUCAGCUAAAAUAGAAGUAAGUGGAUGAAUGAAAACAAACAUGGCAGUCGCGAGCUACCACCCACGCAUCUUAAGUCCCAAAUAUGGGUAGACGGGUAGCGUGAAACUGUUAACCGCAAACUGCAGUUUGUCGUUUGCAGUAAAAUGACCAAACCUCGAUCUUAAGGUCUCUUACAUUUAGGCAUGCACUGAAACUCUUCCCGGCUCUCUGUUGCUGCGGGUGGAGAUGGAUUGGAACUUGAAAAAGUUGGCCCAUCUUUUCAAGUUUUACUGCUCUGCCUGCAAAACAUCAAAACAUGGACUCUUCGUUUUCCCGCGAAAGAAAACCUUAUUAUGGAGGAGGCAUCGGUCGAUUGGCCAAUCGUGUUGCAGUAUGACGUCAAAGCGAAGUAUAUUGAUUGAUUUCUAGAAAGUUCACGGGCAUGAAUUUUUUUCCCACGCGCGUUUGUAUCCGUUCCCGUUCGGGCGUUUUCAUUUCAAGGUUAUACCGAAAAUCACUCUAACUCCACCGGAGCAAUGUGUGUAUGGAGGGCAGUACGUAAUGACUUUUACACAGAGUUGAUCUAAAACAGUUAUAUCCUUUACAUAUAAUAUGGACUUAAAGUAACGACGACGGCGAUGGCAACGACGACGAGAACGGGAAAAAAAGUAUUGGUUUAGUUUUGUAAUACACUCGUGGGGGGGAAGGGGGGGGGGGGGGGGGGGGCCCCUCAGGGGAAUUUUGGGGGAGGGGGGGGGGCCGCGGGGGCCCUUAAACCAGACCCUUGUUUAAGCCAAAAACGGUUCUUUUUUUUACCCUUUUUAAGACAAAGGACUUGUUUUUUCACCCUCCACAUAACAGAAUUAAAUUUUCAAUGAUGUGUGGAGUGUGGACAAGUAGCUAUAUUCUAAUAAAAAUUAAUAAAAAAAAACAAUAAUCAAUAAAAAAAAAAAGAAUAAAAUAAAAGCAAGGAGGGGGGGGAUAAGAAGAGAAAGGGGAGAAAAAAAAAUGUUUUGGUUUUGUUUUUGUAAGCGGGGGGGGGGGGGGGGGGGGGGGGGGGGGAGGGGGCGCACUCAAGGGAAUCUUGCGGUAGGCGGGUGUGCCGCUGCGGCCCUUAAACCAUGACCUUGUUUAAGACAAAAAUCGUUCAUUUUGUUACCCUGUUUAAGACAAGAGACUUGUUUUAUGACCCUGCACAUGACAGAAUUAAGUAUUUUUAAACACUAACAUUACGGAAUUAAAUUAGUUUGGAAAAAGAUUGUUUGCAUCACAAAAUUAGACCCCUUAUCAUUAACCUUCACACUCUUUAACUUCAAAAAGUUCCAGUCCAAAAAAAUACCUUGUUCAAGACGUUAAAUGGUGAAAUUGUAUACCCUGUGUAAGACACAAGACCCUGAAUUAAAACCAUACCCUGUUCAGCAGCCCAUACCCUUUUAGGCCAAAUAAGGGAGUGCCCCCAGGGGAGCAAAACAACAACUUUGUUCGUGCAUCAGACUUUUUUAUACAUUUCUUUGCCGUCGUUGCGCGACUGUAACUUGAAACUUCCAAAUUUCACGUUUUAUGGAGGAGGUAAACACAAGAACGAUUUUUGUAUUUUUGAACUUGGAUACAUUCCUUUAGAAUUCAACUGCAGCAAAAUUCGCCGAUCUGUGACCAAUUGGAUGAGAAGAAAUCUCCUCCGAAAACACUGCAUGAAGCCCCGAGAACACCAAAACGCGCCAUUUCCCCCUUAUUGAUUUGGGGGAGGGGAGGGGGUCUAAAUGUUACCACCCAUUUAAUUUUUUCUAAGAUUAUGGAUUAAAUAUAAUAAAUGCAUGGAGGGCACGCAAAUGGGAAAUUUCAAGAUCACCUGAUCGUUUAAUAAAGCAUAAUGUCUUAGUGAACACUGGCGAAUUUCCUCGAUUUCGGAGGUCUGUUUUUUAAACGUUUUCAGAGAUACCGUAAAAAUUCCCGAAAAAAAGCCCCUCCAAAAAUAAGCCCCGCGAAGGCUUGUACUUGGAAAAUUGACCUCAAAUACUAAGUAAAACAAAGCAAAAACGAUAAAUUUACCUCCAACUAUAAGGCUAGCCCAAUCGAUUUUGAAACGCAAACUUCUUUCCGCAGACAAGCCCCUCCGAAUAUAAGCCCCUCCAAAAAUAUGCUCCUCAAUCGGGGCCUUUUAAAAAAUAUAAGCCCCGGGGCUUAUUUUCGGAAUUUUACGGUAUAACAACUUAAACAUGUUUUUUUAAUUUUAUCUAGGAGAUUGUUGGACGAAAGCAAAAACUGAGGAGAUCCAAACGCCUUACAGCGAAAGGCGAUUACCACAGAAUAAUAGAUGCUUCAGAGCCAUUUCCGGUUUCUCCUGACCGGAAGCGAAAAUACGAUAAAGAAGAAGGGGAAGAAGCAUUAAUUGAGGAGCUCAUUCAUGUCAGCGAGACUUACAAGUCUGAUGAAGAUGCCGACUAUGUUCCGGAUGAUGGCGAAGAUGAGGAAAGCGAGUCGUCGGGAGACGACGACGACGACGACGACGACGAAGAUGAUGAUGAUGAUGAUGAUGAAGAUGAAGACGAUGGAGCCGACGAAGACGAAGAACAGGACGAGGUUGGCACGAAGACGCUCGUUAAACCCGCGACAACAGUACAAGCUGAGUCUAAGACUGAGGCUAGAGGUACAGUUCAUGUUACUUUUCAAGGAAAGACUGAUACACAGAUAAAGACGUCAGUCAAGCAAAAGCCAACAACCCAAGGUAUUUCGCCAGGGAAGACUGUUCCUAAGCAAAAAUUAUCGGUCAAACCUGAAGCCAAAGUCCAAGCUAUUUUACAAGAGAAGGCCGAGUCCAAGGAAACUGGUAAAACGAAUCAGAAUAGAGUGGAAGAACAGAAAGAUGCCGGAAGAUACGCCAAGCCCAACGCUUCUAAUGCUGACACUGACCCAAAGAAAAAUGAAGCCCCGAUUGCAGAUGCCAAGAACAAAGGACAGGCUGAAAAUGGGACGAAAACGGUAGAUGGUGGGCUGAUAGGCGUGCUCAAAGCAUUCAACAACAAAAUGUAG